ACUAGAAGGAACGCGGCCUGAACCGCUGUUCCCCCGAAGAGAGGCGGUGUGACGCACUUCCGGCCUUUGUAGUCUAUCAUUAUCCGGGCUGCGGUUGUCAAGGAUUCAGAGGUGGUGCCACGGCUACCCGAUUUUGGGAUUUCCAGAAGAAAAGAUCAAGGGGGAAUUAUCAAGAAUAGAUUCAUUUUCUGAAUAGUUAAACCUCAAAUGACCACAGCCUUGGCCCUUCAGACUCCAGAGAUGCAGGAGGGACUUAUAGCAGUGAAGGUAAAAGAGGAAGAGGGAGACCAUGCCUAUGGGCAAGAAUCUGGCCUGUCAAGAGAUAACCCUCACACCAGAGAGAUCUUUCGUAGACGCUUCAGGCAAUUCUGCUACCAGGAGACACCUGGGCCCCGAGAGGCUCUUCGAAGACUCCGGGAACUUUGCCAUCAGUGGCUGAGACCAGAGAUGCACACCAAGGAGCAGAUCCUGGAGCUGCUGGUGCUGGAGCAGUUCCUGACCAUCCUGCCCGAGGAGCUCCAGGCCUGGCUGAGAGAGCACCGCCCAGUGAGUGGAGAGGAGGCAGUAACUGUGCUGGAGGAUUUGGAGAGAGAGCUGGAUGAACCAGGAGAGCAGGUCCCAGUCCAUGAUCAUGAACAGGAAGAGCUUGUGAAGGAGAAAGGAACUCUAGGAGCAGCCCAGGAGUCGUCUGGUGGCCAGCUCCAAACCUUGGAAGAGCAGCCUCAGUGGAACUUGCGAGGCAUGUGCCCGGUUCAGGAGAUUGAUGAUGAGGCUGGGACUUGGAAUGUGGAGUUAGCCCCAGAGAGGGAUCUGUCUAAAGAAACGAAAUCUCGUGUGGAAGUACCUGAAAAAUUGAAUGGUAAUAUUAUUCCAGUGCCUGAGUGUGGAGAGACCUGUGACCAUGAAGGCAGAUGGGAAAGGCAACGGGUAAGCUCUUCAGUGGAGAGACCCUAUAUCUGUGGUGAAUGUGGGAAAAGCUUCACCCAGAAUUCCAUCCUCAUCGAGCACCAGAGAACGCACACGGGCGAGAAGCCCUAUGAGUGUGAUGAAUGUGGGCGGGCCUUCAGCCAGCGGUCAGGCCUCUUCCAGCACCAGAGACUCCACACUGGGGAGAAGCGCUACCAGUGCAGCGUUUGUGGUAAAGCCUUCAGCCAGAACGCUGGGCUUUUCCAUCACCUCAGGAUCCACACGGGGGAGAAACCUUACCAGUGCAGUCAGUGCAGUAAGAGCUUUAGUCGACGUUCUGUCCUCAUUAAGCAUCAGAGAAUUCACACUGGAGAAAGACCUUAUGAAUGUGAGGAAUGUGGCAAGAACUUCAGUUACCACUGCAACCUUGUCCAGCAUCGGAAAGUCCACCCUGUGGCUGAAUCCAGCUAGCUCCUUGGAACAGGUAGGGCAAAAUUUCAUGAUGUCAGACCACUAGGCAUGGUAGCAAGGGUCCUGGUUCUUACUUUGUCUCUGAGAGAACAAUAAGAGAUUAAUCCUCUAGUAUAGGAAGCUCCAAGGAAGACCAGUGAAAACGUUCUUAUUUUUAUGCUGAGAGAUGCAUAAUAUCUUAAAUAUAUCUGUCGGAAUCUCUUUGGUCAGUGACAUCCAUACUUUGCAAUACUGAAUAUUGUGUUGACUUCAUCAACAUAGUCUCACACACAUCUGUCCCAAAAGUCUUCUACAUGUACUUCAGGAAAACUCCUUCAUCCUAGUUUUUAAAAACUUUAAAAAAAAAGUCUUAAAAAUUAUAUGCAGCCUGAAUACAAAAUGUCAAAGGUAGCACUGAGUAUUUAAAAAUUAAUUUAAAAAUAAUUGCAGUAAAAUCUGUAAUGUAAACUAUUAGAUUAGUUUCCAUUCACAUAAGAUAGGAUAAUUUGCUUUUAACCUACAAAAGGGGGCAGAUGAAUCCUCCCAUAAAUAUACAGAAGGCUUCUCCCUGUAGAGGUUUAGUAAUUCAGCCUUCAGUUUAGGAACCAAGGUAUUGAAGCAACCAUAUAUUAUUAGUAGCUCAAUGGCUAGUCAUAACAAAUAUUGCUCAUGAUUUUAAAUUUUGCAAAGACCAAGACACUUAGCUAAAAAUCUGAUAUCUCACUUCAGAUAUUUAUUGUGAAAAUAUAGGCCUCAUUGUAUUUUUCCUGUGACUUAUGAGCAUUUUGGGGUUUUUCUUUAUUUAAACUUUUGUUAUAGAAAAUUUCAAACAUAUACAAAAGUAGACAGAAAAGUAUGAUCAGUCUUGCAUGUUGAUUGCUUUUUAUAACCUCCAUGCCUCUCAGCACUACCUAUUGAUUAUUAUCAAGGUCAUACAUAAAAAGAUUUCUUUCCCUUAACACUGACUGAGUGUUAAAAAACUUUAUACUAAGGCCAGGAGACCAAAAAAAUGAAAAAUCUAUGGUGAUAACAGUCUGGAUUGGAAUACCAAAUACACACACAGGUAACUUAAGAGUAAUAGAAACGCUCUAAGGGACCUCAGAGAUCACUUCUGCAUGCCCUUAUUUGACAGAUAUGGAAACAGAAGCUCUAGGAAGUGACUGUGUAAGAUCAUACAGCUAGUUAAUGGAGCUGGAACUAAAACCCUCUCUCCUAAUUCCUAGUGCAAUGCUCUUUCUACUAAGCCACUGGAAGCACUGUGUUGCCAUAUAGAAUUUAGAGCACUUAUAAGGCACUGAGGUUUUGCUUUUUAGCUCAACAAACCCUCCCAUCUAUAUGUUUCAAUAAAUGUACAGCCUAUUUAAUUUACAGUGGAGUUCCAGGAAAGAUUCCUUCCACUUAUCUCUCAUUUGAGGCAUUUUAUUUUUUUUUGUAGUGAGUGAUUAUUUUUAACUUUAAAUUUUAAUUUACUUAGAAGGAGUUUUUUAAAAAAAUUCUUUCUUGACCUGGUUCUAAUAUCGAAACAACACUGAAAAAAGGUCGCUAUCUUUCCCUUAUAGGUAGUCAUUUACUAGUUUCUUAUGUAUCUUUCAGUGUUUCUUUAUAUAAGUACAAGAAAAUAUGAAUAUAUAAUCUUAUUCCCUUGUUACACAGAACGAUGGCAUACUAUUUAUAUUCUUCUACACCUUAUUUUCAUGAAACAAUAUAAUCUUUAGAGAUUUCUGCAUUAUAACAGAGGGCUUCCUUAUUCUAUUUACAAGUUGACAAUAUCUCAUUUGUUGGUGCUCCAUAGUUCAACAUACUCCUACAGAUGAAAAAUCACUACUUCAAAAUGUUAUAUAUUGUUUCAUUCUUCUCCCCAGUUUAGUCCAAGUCAAACACUUUCUAUUUAAAAGCUAACAACAUCCACAUGAGCUAGGAAACAAGGUUUGGAUGACUAGAAUUACACAUAAUGCUUCUGUGGAGAAUGGAGAAGUGAUAGGUGGUAUUUUUCAGUUUCAUGUAUUUUGUUCUGUUUUAUAUUCUUAGACCUAACAUUUGAAACUAUUUGUGUCACUACUUGUGACUAAUUUUAGGUAUUAUCAACAAUCAUAGAAGAAAAAAAGUCUUAAAUGUCCUCAAGAGUAUAUUUUAUUGUCUUGAGGUUUAAAUUAUAUCCAAGAGAAAUACAUAGGGAUUUUAGGAUGAAGUUAAGGAAAAUAUAGUAGAUAUAAGUUUGAAAUAAAAUCAACUUCUCAAAAAAACUCAACUUCUCAAGUUAAAUAUAUAUUCCAUAUAGUGAUAUAGUACAUAUACUAUUACAAUCUGAGUUCAUAAGUAUUUUAAAUGUUUCUCCAAUAUGCUGAAGCAGUAUGUUUGGAUAAUUCAAUUAUAUCAGCUCUUAAAAGGUUUAAAAUAUGAGCAGAUUAGUAUUUUAGAGGAUGAAUUUCUAAUGGACUGAGUUUUUACACUUGCAGUUGAAGGUUGGAUAUUUGGUUUGUUCUGUGCCUGUUUUUUGUUUUGUUUACAGCUUCUCAAACAUUCUCAAUUUUCUCAACAACUGGUAAAAUGCCAAGAAACAAAAUACAUUAUAUAUGCUGUAGAGACAGAUGUACUGCUUAGAAUGCAAUGAUGGUUAACACAAUUAAAAUGACUGACAGUUCACCAAACUAACUUUCCUUGUUUUCUGAUACUAAUCGUACUAAUUCUCUCAUGCUAAUUCUUUUAUCUAGGAUGCACAUUCCUCAUUAUGUGAGAAAUAAUAUUUGUCUCAACCUAUAGACAGUGGCAUGUAGACUUUGACUUCUUCUGUGAUUAUUCCAGUCUUCCUGGCCAGAAGUCCUUAGUUGUCUCCCUUUUGCAUUUCUAAAUUUCCCUCACUUCUCCUCUCUUUUCCGCCCUGGCUCCUUUUAUUCAGCCUAUGAAGUCUCUAGUAUUGAUCUCAUUUCAGGUGUUCCCUGGACCAGUAUCCAUCCCUCCCUAUCCCUUUGAAAAGUUCAGUCUGAGAGAGCAGAUUUUGGUUUUAUGGUUGAGCAAGGUGUAAGAAAUAUUGAUUCAAAUCCAAUUAAAUAGCCUUACUGGUUCUUGAAGGAUAGUCCAGCACCCCUUUGAGCACUGUUAGGACAGUGGACACUGCAUCAAAAAAUGGCUAAGUAUCUUGCAACCAAAACCUGCCUAGAGCUGUAGAUAGAGCCCUGAAGAUUCUCUUUCACUAUAAUUUUGAGUUGAAGGUCAGGAUAACAGGAGAAUCAAGUCUCUGUCCAUAUUUUGUAUUUGGAAAUGACUCCUAUUUUCUAUAUCUGACAAUACUUUUCUUUUAAAAAACAUAGUUAUAAUUUAUAGUAGAAGAUUGUUUUAUAUUUUUCUAGUAAGACAAAAAUUAUCUCUGAGGAAAUUUUAAAAUAAAAAUAGGUCAAAAUUAUUGUAAAAUAUAAGUAUUUUCUGUGGAAGAAUUUUGAAAUAUAAAAUAUAUAUGAAUAUACAUGUGUCAUUGGUUAAAUGUUGAAUUAGUAAUUGAGAGAAACGUAGAUUCUUUGCAGAGGGAGGUGGAGGACAGAGGAAAGUGUUUUUGGCACAGGGAAUAGGGUGAGGCAAGACCCCCAUUUUAAGAUAUGCUCAAGAGCCAGGGGUUUUCCAGUUUGGGUCACGGAGUUCCUGCAAAGAAGUGCGGGAGUGGGAGAUUGUAGGUGAGGGCCAGAUUGAGAGAGCCUUGAACACUUUCCUAAUGCAUUGAGUCUUUGUUUGAUAAGCAGUAUAGAAUCAUCAAAAGUAUUUUGUGUGUGUGACGGGAGCUUUUUACUAUAGAAUCAGAGAAUAUUGAGCUUUAAAAAGAAAAUUUGGAGUUUCGCUCACUUCAUACCUACAUGAGAAAAGUGAAACCCAAGUGGUUAAGUACUUAUAGUGAUCUUUCUAGUUUUUAAUCACAUUGUUUUUUUAAAACAAAACUAUGAACAAAGAUCAUCGUGAAUUAUAUGUAGUUUCAUGGACACUUAGACUUGGAGCCCUGAGACACAUUUUAGGCAUCUGCAAAAAACAAAUGGGAUGGAAAGAGAAAAAGGAUGGACAAAAUGUGAGAACAUGAAAAGGAAUUAGACAGAAAGCAAAAUGAGACACCAAAACUCUGGCCAACAAUGGUGACCAAAGAGAAGGAAAAAUAAGAUAGAUGCAGAGACAGCAUUACCAAGAUAAGUGCUUCAUCUUCACAGUACUUAUUAGAAAUUCCUCCAUCUCAGUUGUUCCAAGUGUCUUAGGUACAGGAGUCUCAAGCAGUGAAAAUAGUCUCACUGCCUUCGCUCCUCACUCAUUUUAGUACUUUCCAUAAAAAGGAGAACAGGGAGAAGAGCACAGUCUAUAAAUUACUCUGUGAUGUUUUUAGGUCUCUCUGGACCCACAUCCAGAUUUCCAUGCCAGCUACCUUAGCUUUAUGAUGAAGCCACUGUUUCUUGGUGUAUACCUGCAUUAGAAUCACCUGGGCUGUUUGAAGUGCAGUUGCCUGGGCCCCACCCCAGACUGACUAAAUCAGUGGUUAGGUUACUCAGAGGGACCCGAUUAUGCAAAGAUUUAAAACAGUGGGGAGCAAGCCGACUUCUGCCCCUCUUGUUGGCGCUUCCCUUAGGUGGAUGUUCAUUAUUGCUUCUGACGCUGGAAGUUAACUGACAGUUGGUACCUUAAGAGACUGCAGGAGAGGGACCCUGAAGGCUGGGACGUCAGAGGACCGGGUCCUAAGGGAACCUAGGGUUGCGAGAAUCCGGUGAGAGUGGCCAGGUGUCCUCAGUGGAGUAGAAAGAUAUUAGCCCAGACUGAGUGGCUGCUGGACCCUAGAGGUUACAAGCCCUCGUCGAUUUUCCUGCCUGAGCCAUUAGGAGGAAGCCAAGCACGCGAAGGCGUGCCAGGUUGCCAGAUCAACCACUGAGAUAACAGGUCCUCCAAGUUUCCUAGAGAGGCGGCUGAGGAGCCAGCGGAGAUGCGGUCAAGCGUUGUGACUUACUUCCAGUUCCUGGUGUGAGCUGUAGCCCAAAUAUCCCGUUUCCGUUGAUGCUUCCCGACUCUGGUCAGGUAUAGGUGGGUAUCUGGCUCCUCCCCACGCAGGAUGCUCUGUACCUCUGCAAAGACCUUGGGGUUGGAGUUUGGGGUGUUGCCCCCUUUCUCCAGGACUGGCUUGGGUUCUUCUCCCUUGCCUUACAUAGAUCCCUCAGGAUCCGACUCCCUUUUCCAUGUCGGUGCUUCCGGACGUUUCAGAGAUGCAGAGAACUGAACACAAAUGCUGUACAGAGCCUGGUCUGUGCAGACUACUUGCUUCUCGAAGGAGACAUAGGUUCACCAGCGGGGAGCACCCUCCGGUGUCCAUCGGCUGACGGAUCCUUAAGGCUAAAAGAUGGUUUCUUAUACCUUACCUGAAUUUAUCUGAGUUUUUCAAUUUUCAUUAAAAUCCGUUAUAGUAAUGGUCAUGAUUACAUAUUUGUACCGUAGAAGCUUAGCUCUUUUAAAAAGUAUUUUACUAUAAUGUGAUCCUCGCAAUUUUGCAAAACAAAGCUAAGUGCCACGUGAAUUUCUGUGGCUAAGAAAACAUUAAAGAGUGUGGUAGGGGAAGGUAGCACCUCAUUACUGCCAGAUAGAGGUAGAAGUCCAGGUUCCCCACCUGAUUUACAUUGAGCUCCUCCUUACUGUUGGGUAGGGGUAGGAGUUCUGGAUUCCACAUGGUCACCACAGACACUGUGUGAGCGCAGACUUGUUAUUGCUGGGUGAUGGUGAAAGUCCUGACUCUCUACUGGCCCUUUUCUGGCAUUGCCUCAGUGUCACCCUCCCCUACUUCCCCCGCCACAGUAGUUUCAGAGAAAACCAGCUGAAACCUAAGGUUUAAUUAAGAUCCAGUCUCAUAACAAUACAAAAUGUCCACAUUUCAAUAAAAAAUCACUCAAAUACCAAAAACCAGGAAGAUCUCAAACUGAAUGAAAAAAGAAAAUUAAAAGAUGCCAACACCAAGCUGAGAUGUUAGAAUUAAUCUGACAAAGCAACCACGAUUAAAAAAAAAAGUUUCAAUGAGAAAUUGUGAACACAUGUAAAAAAAAUGAAAAUAUAGACAAUGAAAGUAUGGAAAGCCUCGGUCAGGAAAUAGAAAGUCCUAGCAAAUAAAUAGAAGAUAUAAAGAAAAACCAAA